UGUCAAUAAAAACAAGCUUUUUCUGGAAUAAGUUAUUGUUUACAAGUGCUGCAUUUUUAGAAAGACAAACAAUCUAGUUUUAUAAUAAAUCCCUUAUUUUAUAAGUUUUUAACACUGUUCAACAUAUUCCACGUAUACUUACUAUACCGGUGACGCCUAUUGUUUUAGUCAGAAGCUAUGUCUUCCAUCCAAAAAGGGAUUGUGUAAACAGAGAAAAACGGAGCUGCGAUAGAGCCACUCUGUAUGAUUAGGUCCUUUUUAUCGUAAUUUGAUUGCAUUGGAUUGAAAAUUUGGAAUGGGCGUAUAUGGCAAUUGGUUACGCUCGGCUGAAUAAUAAUUCUGGUCAGCUUCCCGGCUAUGGGUAAAUCAGAACCGCAUAAUAAAUCAACAAGAAAGGCUUAGGUAAACUAUGAUCAAUAAGGGCAGACCCCGAAAUAUUCCGAACCGAUAGAGUGUUAAUCUGAAGCAGGAGUUAAUAUGCAUACGAGAACGGCGAUGUGUGCGAAUGUACUGUGAUCUGCUGCAACUCCAUUCACGGAACAGUACCACGCAUUAAAAAGCUAGGAAAUGGAUCAUCUAGAACACCUGGGCGGAUCCAUCGAUGGACAUCAAGAUUUGUCGAAGGGAGUGCUUCGUACCACGAUGCAGUCCGGCGACAAUGCUCCCCUUCAUUUCAUAACGAGCACAGGCCUGUCGCACAGUGGCAGGGAGCAGGAGUACAUCGAGUCCACCCUUCUAGGGACGGACUUAUUGUCAAGCCAGCUGCCCGCAAAUUUACUGAAUGAUUACAUCAAUUCCGUUUCAAGCACGGCUCCUCCGAACAACAUCAUUGGCAGUAUGCAAUCUGCACUCUUGGAACAUCAGUAUCGGCCUCUAACCGCAGAUGAAUUGCAUACGCUGAUCAGUGAAUCGAGCAAUGAUGCAUCCGGAUCAAAGGAUAUUCCGGGCUUCAGUACUCUGUCGUCCUACGAUAAGAUGAUAAAUAUGGGCCAAUCUUCAUCGCCAAUGAGCAAUGGAUUGGCACAGAUCGCGAGCACGAUCGAUAGUUACGUACAUUUUCCACUGCAUGCCAGCGGUUCUGGAGCAGACGGGUUCGACGUAACGGCUAACACGCUUGUGUCUGGCAAUGCGCAUCAACAGCAUGGAGAGCAGCAGCAGCAGCAGCAACAACAUCAUCACUACAGUCUUCCACACCCUACCAGUUCACACCUCCAUCUACAGCACCAAACGCAAGGACAUUUGCACCCUCAUCAGAGUGUUGUGGAGAUGUCAAACUCCCAGCAGCUACCCUCGCUAGGACACCCAGAAUCGGCGGCCGCUGGUAUGAGUACUCUACACCCGGUUGAUGUGGCGAUAAAGGUGUACAGUCACAGUAAUUCCAUCCUUCCCAUCGCAUCAUCCUCAGCACCAGUAUCGACGGACGUGCAUAGUAGUACAACGAUGAGCAUCAGCUCGUUAGGAUUAAACGAAUCUCCUAAGCGAUUCUAUUCCUGCACGACUCUGCCGUCGCUCAUAUCGCAUAAUCAACGAACGACGUUUUCCAUGGCUGACAAUUUAGCUGUCCCGAAGGAAACCGGUACAGGCAUGGUCGAUUGUGAAGCCCGCACGCACGACGAAGAAAUCGUGGAAUGUGUUGCAUCGCUGGAAAGUUCAUCCGGCGCCAUGCUCGGCAAUAUGAAUUUACCCCACAAAAAGCGGCUGGCAAAGAAACUGGGCGAUACGAAGGAAGGCAUCUGUAACGGAGCUUCCGAAAUGGAUCAAUCUAUGAUACUAGCAGGUAUGCAGCUAUCGCAACCUGCCGGUGAGCCCGAACCAAAUUACCGCGAUCCCGGUGCUCUGCAGCGCCCCAGUACCGUGAAAAGCAGCUCGUCAAAAACAGUACAAAAGCCGAUAUCUGCUCCACAGCAAACUGUGAGUUCCUUCGCUUGCCAACUGUGCGGAAACGUUGUGCAGGAUCAGCUAGCAUUUUUUAACCACCUAAAGCAACACUACGAGCCGUCGCCAUCGGCUGGUGAGAGCGGUGUGUCACACGCAAAUUCGGAUGCAACCAACACUAAACCCGUUGAUGAAUUGCCACCAGUGGAGAGUAUUUCUCCACUGGAAAAAGGCAUGACGGAGGGUAAGAAAGUAAAGCCCAAAUUACCACGCGUUAAGCACACGAAAAAGUUGAAGAACGAUCGUACUGUAAAGCACAAUCUGGCAGAGGAUGACCGGCAGCCGCAAAGAAGUGAUGGGAAAGCCAUUGUAAACGGCUCAAAGUCGAGAAACGUUCCCUCCUGCCCGACAGCUAUGGAAAGUCUGUUGCACAAUCCGGCUGUGAACGAUGCUAUGAUAGUGCUCGAUUGUUCGGACAACGGGGGAGAGUUUAGCGAGACGGAAGACAUGCUGGAAGGCAUACGGAAUGUGGUGCAAAAGGUGCAGGAAACCGUUGAUACGGAUACAAACGAGGACUUGUGUCUGGCGAACGAUUCUUCCUGGUUUCCGAACGGAAAUGUUAGGACCAUGGCGACCGCAGCGAAGACCAGCCUAACGAUGCCCGAGGAAACGCUGGAUGCACACGAAAUUCACAUGCAAAAUGGAGGUGAUAACUUUCUGCUGCUUCUCAGCAAGACUCAAUUUAAUGAUACAGAGCUGCUGCCAACGGGACCCACCGACACGACGCUACUGAAACCGUUAGAUUCUUCCACCUGUGGGCAGCUAGUGCAUGUGACUUCUAUGGAUGCGUCCACCACCAGAGAUUCCGAAACUCCUGGCAAUCAACCCAUGCAACCAGUACAAACACUCAGUUCAACUACACCAUUUCCACUGCUUUCCAGCGUUGAUGCCCUUCCGGAAUCACACGCUGCUUCGUUAUGCUCUAGGGAUAGUUUACCGAUCGGUUCCAUCCUUGAACUGUCGAACACGAACACAGCUAGCAAAAUUUCGGUAGCUUCCUUCGCAUCGUCACACUGCGGCCAAAUACCGGACCUCAAUAAGGCGAGAUUGUUGAAAAAUGAACACAGCUCCGACAUCGACGAUGAGGACGGCGAAGAUGCAUCUGAUGCAUACGAACAAAUGCAGCUCGCCGCUGGCAUAGGACCGCUCGAAGCAGAAGAAGACCGGCCAGCCGCCGCGAGUCGACGAGACGAACAACCGUUAACGAAUUAUCAUCAUUUUAGUGAUGACGAUGCAGCUGACGCGGCUGGUGAACACUUCGCAGCGGAGGUGCCAGACCACGAGGAGGAAGAAGUAACGUGUAUAAACGAUAAGGAACUAUUAGACGCUAGUGCAGGUAGUUCAAAGCUACACAAGUACCUAUGCACGGUGCCGGACUGUGGCCGGUGGUUUAAGUCCAAAACGGCAUUCACCUACCAUCAGCUGCAGCACUCGGGCGAGCGACCGUAUCAGUGCCAAACGUGCCAGAAAUGCUUUUUCACCUGCAGCGCGCUGAAGGUGCACGAACGGUUGCACUCCGGGGAAAAGCCGUACAAAUGUGAAGAAUGUGGCCAUCUCUUCCGGCAGUGGGGCGAUCUGAAGUAUCACAAAAUCUCCAAACACUCCAACGAGAAGAGCCACAAGUGUGACUUUUGCGGCAAAGAGUUCGCCCGCCGGUACUCGCUCGUGCUGCACCGGCGGAUUCACACGAACGAGAAAAACUUCAUCUGCGAGUACUGCAACAAAGCGUUCCGCGCGAGUUCGUACCUGCAGUCGCACCGAAUGGUACACACCGGCGAAAAGCCACACCAGUGCAACGUAUGUGAUAAAAAGUUCCGCUGCCACGGGGACUUGAACAGGCAUCAGAAGACGCAUUCGCGCGUCGGCAAGAUGGAAAUACCCGCUCCAAGCGUGCAGGAGAAAAGCGUGGAUGAGGAUGAUAGCGGCCUAUCGGUGGAUUUGCCCGGAGAGGAAAAGUUGGAAUCUGCCAGUGUACGGAAAGAAGCGAAAGUGAAACGGAAAAGUAAUGGACAGAAAAAUAACAACAGCAUAGUGAUUGUUUAGCGGUUCCGCUGGCCUUACAGAAGCCGUAAAUCGUGGUGAUGAAGAAUAGCACUGGGAGUAAAAAUUCUACCAACAGAUGUUGGGCAGGGUUUGCACAAAUGAUUUUGCUAUCCUCUGUUUUAGGACGGUUCUACCGAGAGGCUCGAAGCUCGCUGUAAUUUAAACUGCAAUAAACAGCAACGUGUAGUAAUACACGGUCAAACUAA